AUGGCCAGCAACUUUCCCCCUGCUAAGAAACGCCGCAUUGGUGUCAUGACCAGUGGAGGUGAUUCUCCUGGCAUGAAUGGAGCGGUCAGAGCUGUGGUCCGCAUGUCGAUCUAUAUGGGGUGUGAAGCAUAUGCAAUCUAUGAAGGCUACGAAGGCCUGGUACAAGGUGGAGAUCUGAUCAAAGAGAUGAAAUGGGAGGACGUUCGUGGCUACCUAUCUCGUGGAGGAACAUUGAUUGGAACAGCAAGAUGUAUGGCCUUCAUGGAACGUUGGGGCCGUUUGAAGGCUGCCAAGAACAUGAUUCACACAGGGAUCGAUGCUCUGGUCAUCUGUGGUGGUGACGGUAGCUUGACUGGUGCUGACAAGUUCAGGUCCGAAUGGCCAGGACUACUGAAAGAGCUUGUUGACAAUGGAGAGCUGACACAAGCCGAGAUUGAGCCAUACAAACACCUCAACAUUGUUGGUCUUGUCGGCUCUAUCGAUAAUGACAUGUCAGGCACGGAUGCCACAAUCGGCUGCUAUUCUUCUUUGGAACGUAUUUGCUCAGCUGUGGACGAUGUCUUCGACACUGCAGCAUCCCACCAGCGUGGCUUUGUGAUUGAAGUCAUGGGUCGGCACUGCGGGUGGUUGGCCUUGAUGGCUUCUAUUGCAACGGGAGCGGAUUUCGUUUUCAUUCCCGAAAAACCACCCAGGGUUGGCUGGGAAGGUCAAAUGUGUGAUAUCAUUACGAAGCACAGAUCACGAGGCAAGAGGAGAUCUAUUGUUAUUAUUGCUGAGGGCGCCCAUGAUAUGGAGCUGAAGAAGAUCACUGCAAAUCAGGUCAAGGACCUUCUAUCAGACCGACUCAAGUUGGAUACCAGAGUGACUGUUCUGGGUCACACACAACGUGGAGGAACAGCAUGUUCUUUUGAUCGUUGGCUAUCCACCCUCCAGGGUGUCGAAGCUGUGAAUGCGGUUUUGGAAGCCACACCUGAAACCCCCACUCCAGUCAUUACUAUCCGUGAGAACAAGAUUGAGCGAUCAAACCUUAUGGAAGCAGUUGCGUUGACCAAGUCAGUGACUGCGGCGAUCAAGGCCAAGGACUUUGACAAGGCAAUGGAACUGCGUGACGUUGAGUUCAAGGAAUAUUACACCAGCUACAUGAUCACCACCUCAACUGACCACCCGAAAUUGCGACUUCCAGAAGAACAGAGGCUCAGAGUUGCCAUUGUUCAUGUCGGCGCUCCAGCAGGUGGUAUGAAUCCAGCAACUCGAGCAGCAGUUGCAUAUUGCUUGACCAGAGGACAUACACCAAUUGCCAUUCACAACGGCUUCCCGGGUCUUCAGCGACACCACGAUGACAAGCCGGUUGGAUCUGUCCGUGUUUGCAAGUGGAUUGAUGUUGAUCCCUGGGUCAAUGAGGGUGGUUCAGAAAUUGGUACUAACCGAGGACUCCCAAGUGCAGACAUGAAGAAGACGGCCGAAUGCUUUGAGUUAUACAAAUUCGACGCGUUGCUAUUGAUUGGUGGAUUCGAGGCAUUCACAGCUGCAAGUGAACUCCGAAAAGCCCGGGCUCAAUAUGAGGCAUUCAAAAUCCCGUUGGUCGUCUUGCCGGCAACUGUCUCCAAUAACGUUCCUGGCACUGAAUAUUCUCUCGGCAGCGAUACUUGCCUGAACACGUUGAUCUCUUUCUGUGAUGCCAUCAGACAGUCAGCUUCGUCGUCAAGAAGGCGAGUCUUCGUCAUUGAAACACAGGGUGGACGUUCUGGUUACCUGGCAACGAUGGCGGGACUUUCGGUUGGUGCACUCGCAGUCUAUAUCCCAGAGGAGGGCAUAAACAUCCACAUGCUGGCACGAGAUAUUGAAUUCUUGCGUGAAAACUUUGCCAAUGAUCAGGGCGCCUCAAGAGCCGGUAAGAUCAUUCUUCGGAAUGAGCGGGCUAGUACGACAUAUACUACGCAAGUCAUUGCGGACAUGAUCAAGGAAGAAGCUCGUGGAAGAUUUGAAUCUCGGUCAGCUGUACCCGGACACUACCAACAAGGUGGCAAACCAUCACCUAUGGAUCGGAUAAGAGCCCUUCGACAGGCGAUCAAGUGUAUGCAGCAUAUUGAAGACCGCUUCAUCGGAAAGUCACCGAAUGAAAUCGACAGUGAUCCAUUGUCCGCUGCAGUCAUUGGUAUUCAAGGGUCAGAAGUGGUUUUCACUGCUCUCGGAGGACCGACCGGUUUGGAGGAGACAGGGACUGAUUGGGCAGACAGACGACCCAAGGAUGAAUUCUGGAUGUCUAUGAAGAAUACCGUUGACAUUCUCAGUGGUCGGCCAAAGACAUCGGAUUGCUGUGACGACUGUGGCAAAUUGCUUUCUGGUGAACCUCUUCAAAAGCGACUAUCCAAGCAGUUGGGAUGA